GACGUCGUGGAUAUUAUGAGAGUCCAUUGGAAGCUGCUAUUCUCUCUAACGGUCCUGCUGAAGUUGUCGUUUGCACAGCGCUCUUGGACCGAUUGGUCAUCGUGCACUGCGUCUUGUGGACCUGGGGUUCAGCAUCGAUAUCUACAGUGCUUACCCAAUGCCUUCAAUUGUUAUGGAAAUCAAAAGCAGUAUAAAGCUUGUAAUGUAAAAGUGUGUGAAGGGAAGGGACACGAUUAUAGACAAACUGAAUGCAGAAAGCACAACUCCAGAAAAUACAGAGGCAGAUUCUUCCAGUGGGAAAAACAUAUAGAUCCCUCUCGUCAGUGCUCAUUGACAUGCAGAGCUGUGUACUAUGGGUUUUACGCUACGUUUAGUGGACAAGUCAGGGACGGGGUACCUUGUGAUGAUAAGUCAACAGAAAGAGUGUGCAUACAAGGAAGAUGCAUUAAAGUUGGUUGUGAUGGGAUUGUGGGAUCCGGUGCGGUGGUGGACCGGUGUGGUGUCUGUAAUGGGAACAACCAGGAUUGUCAGACAAUCUCUGGGAUCUACACGAGGGCCUCACUACCUUAUGGUUACAACCUCAUCACCCGAAUCCCAGAGGGAGCUUGUAAUAUCAACAUCACAGAGCUUGGAACCAGCAGGAACUACUUAGCAUUGAGACUGCAGAAUGGCAGUUACAUUACGAAUGGUCGUCGGCGCCUGAGUAGAGUCGGGGAAUAUGAGGCAGCAGGAACGACCUUCAUCUAUAGGAAGAGAGAGGGGGUGGGAUGUCCGGGGGAGUGUGUUAGAGCCAAGGGACCUGUAAAUCAGACUGUUGAUGUACAGCUGUUGUACUACAGAAAUAGUCCCGGUAUCUUGUACCAGUUUACAAUUCCUAAACACAUGACAAAGGCAGCCAUGGAGGCCAUCAUUCCAAGACUGAAGGCAGGGCACCAGUUUAACCAGGCUGUAGAUCAACCUGUGGCAGAUAGCAGUGGGAAACCAGUUUAUCAGACAGGGUAUGAAAAUAUCCCCACAGGAAGUGGUGGUUAUCCUCUGCCCAAAAGUUACAGACCCAGGAUCAUUCCAAAAAUGAGGACCUCCGUGCAGUCCCCUCCCAGAUACAUUCCAUAUGAAGAUGUAAAACCUGAGCUUCAGAGUUUGACCUUAGGCAGAAGCAGAAAUCUGAGUGAUUCCCAGUACCGGCUUUACUCCUCAUAUUAUGGACCAUACCGUUCAAAUCAAGCCGUGUCUGGAGAUUAUGGCAGACGAUAUGCCACCAGUCCAAUAGGAGAAGUUCAGGAGAAUGCAAUCAGUCUGGGGAAUUCUAUACAGUACAACAAUGUGUUGGACAAUAAACCUCGUCUCUCGGCCCAAAAUAUCCCUGAUCCUACCCUUUAUGAAUGGAGGAUUGUGGGAUUCACUGAAUGUUCCCUAACCUGUGGAAGAGGGGUACAGCAAACUAAGGUGGUGUGUGUGAAGAAGGACAGAAACCUGAUUGUUACUCAUGACAACUGUGUUCCGACCGCUCGCCCCGCCAUACAAACCAUUGAAUGUAACACCAGAAUCUGUCCGCCUGGAUGGGACAUUGGUAAUUGGUCAGACUGCAGUGUUUCCUGUGGGAGGGGCAUGCAGACACGUCCUGUAGUCUGUGCCCAGAGGAUUUCCUCCUCCUCCAGAAUAGAUAUACAGUCCAGCAAAUGCCCGUCCCCUCGACCUGAAUCCUCACGAUCCUGUAUGAAUAAACCAUGUGCUGAGUGGAAAAUUGGGGAGUGGCAAAAGUGUUCCAGUGUGUGUGGUAAAGGGGAGAGAAGACGUAUGGUGGUCUGUCAGAGUGUGGAGGGGCAGAAUGUCACAGAUGACCGGUGCGAGAUCAUCAAACCACCCGACACCCAGACCUGUGAUAUGGGGUCUUGUGCCCAGGGUUGGUUCCAUAGCCAGUGGUCAAGAAAGUGCUAUCCAUCCUGUGGGAGAGGACAUCGUAGUAGGACGGUUUACUGUUCAGCUCCGGAUGGGGCCCAGAUGUCCGAGGCCAAAUGUCAGACGAGGAAACCCAAACAGAAAAGACCCUGUCGCAACAAGAGACCUUGUGGAGGAUACUGGUUCGCAGGGCCAUGGUCAGAGUGUUCAUCAACAUGUGGAUCUGGUGUGAAGGAGAGAAGUGUUAUCUGUGUGAAGAAGCUGGACAAAAAGUUAUUUACCAUCGUGGGUAAAGAAAAUUGUCGAGGGAGGGACAAACCAGAAACAGAAGCUGCUUGUGAGCAGUUGCCUCCAUGUCAACCAUCUUGGUUCAUGACCCCCUGGUCACAGUGCUCUGCUAGUUGUGGGACAGGCACCAAGACCCGAGAGAUUCGCUGUAUGGACCCAGACCUAGCGCCCAGCUCUACCUGUCCCACUAACAGAAAACCUAGUCAACAAAAUAUCUGCAACACUCAACCGUGUCCAGAUGAAAGCAUUCAGCAAGAUCCCAGCUGUAAGGAUGGGUACAAAUUUUGUCGACUCGCUGGGCCAGCAAGGCUUUGUUCUUAUCCAUUUUACCAAGAAAAUUGCUGCUCCUCCUGCCAAGCAUAUCAACAUAGAAAAACGAAAGAAAAACCAUAAACUCUUCCAAAUAUUCUUAUUUUACUCCAAAUGCUUUAAAAAGUACACUAAGUAGGGUAAUAGGUCAGUGAUCUUAAAGAUCAGUCUCUUUGUUGACUGUAGAGCUGUGGUGCGACAGAGACGAGAAAGAAUGGUACAGACAAAGGGAGAGAACUGCUUAAUAUUACGAGGACUAAAAAUCUCAUGUACAAGUUUGUUUCUGAAUGACUUACGACUCUUGAAUAGUGACAGAGUAAAAAAAAAUUGUACUUUUAUGGGUACUCUAGAAAAUGGCAGAACUAGUGCUUGAUAUCUGUGACUUUUUUGUUGUUUUUGUUUUUAUAUUCUUAUGUUUAUUUGUAUGCAAGUGCAGAGCACAUGAAAAAAGUUUUUUAUCCUUUUCUGGAAUGCCAAAAACUUUUGUGUCUUUACAACCGAGUAUGAGAGAAUGUAUAAUGACAUGUGAGACUAUUUUAUGUUUUGUACAAUGUUUUUGAAGUAUUAUUGUAUACAUUUAUACUAAUUAUUGUUGCAGCAGCUUAAAUUUGUAAAUCCACAAUCAAGGAUGGAGAUUUUACAUGGUUGUAAUUCGCUAUUCACCAAGACCAAAGCAUUUUUUAUCUAUAAAUUCAAUUUAAAACUACUAAA